GAGGGUAGAGAGGGCAGUCCCGAUGCCGGAGAGCCGGCGAUGCCCGGUCGGAGGCUGGGGCUGGGGCUGCUCCGCCCGCUGCUCCUCGCUCUGUCAGCGGCGCUGCUGCUGCUUCUCGCCGGCUCCUGGAGCCCCCGACGCCGCCGCCCCUCGCCUCUCUCCCCGCCACCACCACCACCUCCACCCGCCGCCCCGGUCACCUCCGCCCGCGGCCUGAAGCGGGACAGACCGGGCUGUUGCCGGGAACCCGCGCUGUACGGGCACCACCGGUCACUCCGCUGGCACAUCGAACUCCAGCCCUGGGCCAGUCCGCAACACUCCUUGGAGGACGAAGCUGCUCGCUUUCUGGUCUACAUCAGCACCACUCAGGUUGACUGCUCCGACGUGGCAGAGAAGGGGAUGACGGACCACCCGGAGGAGAUGCAGGACCCCUGGGCUGUCUGUUUGGACAACAGCUUCCAACUGGCUCGGCAGAUGCAGAGUCAACGAUGUCGCAUCUACUCAGUGGGGCUGCGGAGUGGAGAUAGGAGCUUUGAGGAGGGGAUGUCCAGGGCUGGCUGCGAGGUGCACUACCUGGAUCCGAGCGUGCGGGAGGCUCACCUUCAGCAGAGCCAGGGAUACUGGCACCACCGCCUCGCCCUCGACUGGAGAGAGCCCAACCCCUCCAGCAACGACCACCACCGAGCCGUCUCCACCAAGAAGCUGGCCGUCAUCAUGCAACGCUUCGGGCACAGCAAGAUUGACGUCCUGAAGGCCGACGUGGAGAGCGCGGAGUGGAAGAUCCUGGAGAACCUGAUCCUGGAGAAUGUGGUGGAGGACAUUGGCCAGCUGGUACUGGCGGUUCACCUUCACUGGGCUGGCUUCGAGGUCGGCGGGACUGACAGUGACGUGGUGCGGUACUGGUACAGCCUCCUGAAGGAACUCGAGCUCAGGGGCUUCAAGCUUUUCCGCAGUUACAAGAACAUGAGCAAGCCGCAGGUCUUCCUGCAACGGGAGGGGUUCAAUGCCAGUAGCAGCUAUACUCUCAGCUGGGUCAACACGCAGUGGGCACAGCGGUGAACUCCAGACCUUGGUGCUUGUUGCCCAGUCCAAACCUUCCCUUCAACCAUCGACAAUCAACGUGGACUCAAUCAAACCAACCUCCCUUCCAUCGGUUCCAUCUACACCUCACGCUGCCUCGGCAAGGCCAGCAACACAAUCACGGACCAGUCGCACCCCGGCCACUCCCUCUUCUCCCCUCUCCCAUCGGGCGAAAGGUAUAGAAAUGUAAAAACGCACACACCUCCAGAGCUUCCCAGCUGUUAUCAGGCAACGGAACCAUCCCACCACAACCAGAGAGCAGUCCUGAGCUACUAUCUACCUCACUGGUAACCCUCGGACUAUCUUUGAUCGGAUUUUGGUGGUUACACAAAAAAGCUGGAGGAACUCAGCGGGUGCAGCAGCAUCUAUGGAGC